CCGGGUUCACCACAUCGAGUUCGUACGCCACGCUCACCCCUCUGCAGCCGUUGCCGCCGAUCUCAACCAUGUCUGACAAGUUUACCCACCAUUACGGCCAUCCGGGGAACGGGGGCUUCACUCUAAUGCAUAUGCAAAACGCGAGUCUCGGUAUGAAUGCUAAUCAGUAUCAAUACGACAAACUGGGCUCUGCUAUGGCAGCCGCAGGACACCACCACCACCACCAUCACCACCACGUUAUUAACACUAACGGCGGUAUUCACUCACAUUCGUCGGCCAUCCCGUCGCCGCCAUACCACUCGAAUGGAUUACAUUCGCCCGACAAGAGUCUGUCCCCAACCAAUGGUUACGACUACACGUUAAGACAGGGCUCACCGCAGAGCCCCUCAUCUGUUAAUUUACAUUCGCCGACAUCAUUAAUGCCAGCCCUGAACGGCCUGCCAACGAGUCCGCCGUCGAGUCACAUGCCAUCCCCACCGCCAGCACAGGUGUCAUCGAUGAGUACGGUUCCCAUAACAGUAAGUGGUGUCCUUACUUCGGUCACUGCACCCCAACAGCUCACCCAAACUCAUGGCACCCAACACGUCAAGGUGGCCACCACUCUGACCGCUGCCCCGCAACCCAUCACAGUCUUACAUGCAGUCACUCCGACCCCCGCAGCCAUUGCACCGACCGCUCAGACGGUCACUAUAGUACAGGCGGCCACUGCAGGCAUUAGCAACUUAGCCACGACUAUAGUCUCCACACCUGUCGCUGUUGUCACCACUGCUAACGCUCUUCACCAACAGCAGCAACAACUCAAUCAAAUCAAACAACAACACAUCGUCACCAUUGGCACCACCGCUGGUCACAACGGCUCCAAACAGCCUAACAUACACUCCCUCUCUCUCAACAACAUCUCCAACAACAAUCAGACACAAACUCAGACCUCGUCCUCCGCCUCCAAUAACGGCGCCGACGAUAUCGAAGAAAUCAAUACCAAAGACCUCGCACAACGGAUUAGUGCUGAACUCAAGCGGUAUUCCAUACCUCAAGCCAUCUUCGCCCAGAGGGUAUUGUGUCGAUCCCAGGGAACUCUGUCUGAUUUGCUCCGUAACCCUAAGCCGUGGAGCAAACUUAAGUCCGGAAGAGAGACCUUCAGACGAAUGCAGAAGUGGUUGGAAGAGCCGGAGUUCCAGCGAAUGUCGGCUCUUAGACUUGCA